UCCACAGCGAAUCAAUCAAACGAGACCAACACAUACAGCCCCGUGGAGAAGAAGAAGAAAGAAUUACGUGUCAUUGUAGUAAACAGGCAAGAUUCUAAUCGAUAAUUAGUAGUCAAGACCUGAAAGUGAUAUAGUUUUUUCUUCGUCGUGGUCAACUGGCGGAGCGACAUGAAUCGUCCUGCGUCGAAAAUCUUCAAUAGAACUGCCGGUUACAGCAGUUUGAUAACCUUUGCGGUCCUAUUGAUUGCCUGGUUAGCCGGCUUUUCCUCGCGUCUCUUUGCUGUAAUCCGGUUCGAGUCGAUUAUUCAUGAAUUCGAUCCAUGGUUCAAUUACCGGGCCACAGCCUAUAUGGUGCAACAUGGUUUCUACAAAUUCCUGAAUUGGUUCGAUGAGAGAGCGUGGUAUCCGCUGGGUCGCAUUGUGGGCGGCACCGUUUAUCCCGGCCUGAUGAUAACAUCGGGCAGCAUCCACUACCUGCUGCAUGCCUUGAACAUUCCAGUGCACAUACGUGAUAUUUGUGUAUUUCUGGCCCCCGUUUUCAGUGGCCUAACAGCUAUUUCCACGUAUUUGCUAACCAAAGAGUUGUGGUCGUCGGGUGCUGGUCUAUUUGCUGCCAGUUUUAUUGCCAUUGUGCCGGGCUAUAUCAGUCGCUCGGUGGCCGGUUCAUAUGAUAACGAAGGCAUUGCCAUCUUUGCCCUACAAUUCACCUAUUUCUUGUGGGUGAGAGCUGUGAAGACAGGUUCAGUGUUUUGGUCUGCCGGAGCUGCCUUGUCAUAUUUCUACAUGGUAUCCGCCUGGGGUGGCUAUGUGUUCAUCAUCAACUUGAUCCCUCUGCAUGUGUUUGUGUUGCUGAUAAUGGGCCGGUACUCGUUGCGUUUGUUGACAAGUUACAGCACCUUCUAUAUCUUGGGAUUGAUCUUAUCUAUGCAGAUACCAUUUGUGGGUUUCCAACCCAUUCGCACCAGUGAGCAUAUGGCUGCCUUGGGUGUAUUCCUGUUGCUGAUGGCUGUGGCUGCUUUGAAACAUUUACAAUCGGUGCUGUCGAAGAGUGAAUUCAAGAGGCUGUUUAUUGUUGGUGGCCUGUGUGCAGCUGCUGUGGUAUUCCUCGGUGUGGUGACCCUGACUGUCAUGGGUGUCAUUGCUCCAUGGAGUGGUCGUUUCUACUCCUUGUGGGAUACUGGCUAUGCUAAAAUCCACAUUCCAAUUAUUGCCUCGGUCUCGGAACAUCAACCCACCACCUGGUUCUCAUUCUUCUUCGAUCUACACAUUUUGGUGUGUGCCUUCCCGGUGGGUGUGUGGUAUUGCGUCAAGAAAAUCAAUGAUGAGCGAGUAUUUGUGGUGCUGUAUGCCAUUAGUGCGGUAUACUUUGCCGGUGUCAUGGUACGUCUCAUGUUGACCCUCACUCCUGUGGUUUGUAUGUUGGCCGGUGUUGCCUUCUCGGGACUCUUGGAUGUUUAUUUGAGAGAAGAUAAUAGCUGUCCUGCAGCAGCAGCCGCCGUGUCGAACAGCGAAGAGAAUGAUGAAAGUCCUGCGGAGAAGAAAUUACUUUACGACAAGGCUGGUAAACUGAAGCACCGUGUAAAGCAUGAUCCCCAACAGCAAGAAGGUACCAAUGGUGUGGGCUCCAAUCUUCGCAGCAUUGUGAUCUUGGCCAUACUGAUGAUUCUAAUGAUGUUUGCCGUUCAUUGUACCUGGGUAACCAGCAAUGCCUAUUCCAGUCCCUCUAUCGUUUUGGCCUUCCACAACAGCCAGGAUGGUUCCCGCAACAUUUUAGAUGAUUUCCGUGAAGCUUACUAUUGGUUGUCGCAGAACACCGCUGACGAUGCCCGCAUCAUGUCCUGGUGGGAUUAUGGUUAUCAAAUAGCCGGCAUGGCAAAUCGAACUACUCUGGUGGACAAUAAUACUUGGAACAACAGUCACAUAGCCUUGGUGGGUAAGGCCAUGUCCUCCACCGAAGAGAAUGCAUAUGAAAUUAUGACAUCUCUGGAUGUGGAUUACGUUUUAGUAAUCUUUGGCGGUGUCAUUGGCUAUUCGGGUGAUGAUAUCAACAAAUUCCUGUGGAUGGUACGUAUUGCCGAGGGUGAACAUCCCAAGGAUAUCAAGGAAAGUGAUUACUUCACAGAUCGUGGUGAAUUCCGUGUGGAUAGUGAAGGUGCUCCCGCUCUGCUCAAUUGUUUGAUGUACAAGCUGAGCUAUUAUCGUUUUGGUGAACUAAAAUUAGACUACAGAGGACCGGCUGGGUACGAUAGAACCCGCAAUGCUGUCAUUGGCAAUAAAGAUUUCGAUUUAACCUACUUAGAGGAGGCAUAUACCAGCGAACAUUGGCUGGUACGCAUAUAUCGCGUCAAGAAACCCCAUGAAUUUAACCGACCCGCCCUUAAGGCUGACGAUCGUCUUGUCUCGCCGACAAACUUUGUGUCGCGUAAGAACUCAAAACGCAAGCGUGGUUACAUUAAGAGUAGACCUGUUGUAGUCAAAGGAAAAAGAAGUCAAAAAUAAAUAAAACAAAAGUUUUUUGUAAUUAUUUUAUUUUUUCUAUAGAAUUCUUUUUAAUUUGCAACAACAACCACAAAAAUGGUAGAAUGCGACAGUGCAGUAGGUUUGCCUGACUGACUGAAAUAGAAUAUAAUUGGUAUUGAAUGAAGCAGUGCAUUUCUGUUUGCAAGUUUAUAUGUUAUAUAAAGAAAAACAAAAAACAAAAACACAAAUAAAUAUUAUUUCCAAUUAUACAAUCGAUGUGUGUGUGACUUCAAUUUAAUAAAUAAAAUUAAUAAAUGAAUGAGUUUUUAUUCACAAAGUAAUAAAAUCAAA